GAGGUGGCGGCGGAGAUGGCGGGUGGUCCGGGCGCGGGCGGCGGCGGCGGCCACGGCCACGGGGAGAGGGUCCAGCGUCGCAGCCGUGGCCGAGGCGUGGUUGCGGGCGGCACAGGGGCGCCGCCGCGGGGCGUUCGACUUCGGGGGAGCGGAAGCGCGGACGCGGAGGCGGCGCGGGAGGGAGGCUCCGCGGGCGGACGAGCCGUGGUCGGCGGCGACCAAGGCGGCGGCAGCGGCGGGGCGAGGAGGUUUUGCCGGGGAUCUGUUCCAUCUGAAAGGGCGCCGAAGCGUGGCGGUGUUAGUGCUUAUGAGCAAUCGUUGAAAGAAUAUGUUGACAGGAUGUCCAUCGUUGUUAUUCGUCCAUCAGUUGGCAUGUCCUUUGACUCCCGUGCUGAGGCAUAUGAUUUUUACAACUUGCAUUCCUGGGAGCUGGGUUUUGGAAUAAGAUGCAAUAUGACUGUGGAUAAAAGUGUUGUUAGUCAAGACAUAGUCUGCAGCUGCGAGGGCAAACCAGAGCUGUCCAACACUGCCUCUGCGCAGACUGAUUGCAAGGCUAUGAUCCGGCUACACAGGUCUGAUGACAGUUGUUGGUACAUUCAGGAGUUUCGAGGUGAUCACAAUCAUCCGCUCUCUGGGAUAUGCAGUGAAAAUUUCUGCUGGCCUUCUCACAACCACCUCAAGCCCUACACUAAGAAUCUAGUCCGCCGUCUUAGGGAUGAUAAUGUAGAACUCAGUAAGAAGUGCCAAAGCAUUUAUGAAUACUUUUGGGGCAUGGAGUGUAAGGAUAUAUCAUUGGAUCUAUCAGACAUUGACUCUGACAAGACAAUCGAGUUGUUUGAUGACUUUGGUUCGUUGAGGAGGGAUGACCCAAGCUUCAUGUUCUGUGUUGAGUUGGAUGACAUUGACAACCAGUUUAAUACAGUGUUAUGGACUAAUGGACGUAGCAGAACACAAUAUGCACAUUUCGGUGAUACUGUAACAUUUGAUACGACGUAUAGGACUAACCUGUAUGGCUUACCUUUCAUCUUGUUUGUUGGUGUUAAUAACCACCAUCAAAGUAUCCUACUAGGAGGAGCGCUGAUGCGACGCAAGACAGUGGAAAGUUUCAAAUGGCUGUUCCGUGAGUUUGUUAUAUUGAUGGGUGGUAAAGCUCCAAGUACUAUUCUCACAGACCGGUGCCAUGAAAUGGAGGUGGCAAUCCAGGAGGAGUUACCAGAAACAAUUCACAGAUGGUGCAAGAUGCAUGUGCUGAACAAUGAACAUGAAUUCCUUGGGCCAAUUUGUUUGAAGAUGAGUGGAUUUAAGGAUGACUUCCAGAAGAUUAUUGAUGGCAUGUUGACUGUGAGAGAGUUUGAGUGUGCUUGGCAACAUCUUCUUGAUAAGUACAACUUGCAUGACAAUGCAUUCCUUUCACAGAUUUAUGAUUCUAGACACAAAUGGGCCAACCCCUACUUGAAAGAAAAGUUCUGUACCAAGCAGACUAGUACCCAAAGAAAUGAGAGUGCAGAAAACAUGUUUAAGGGUUAUGUACCACUGAAUAGAUCUAUCAAUAUGUUUGUGCGACACUAUAACAAGCUCCAAUCUGAUCUCAACUCAAAGGAAAGCUCCGAGGAGAAUAGGAGCAGGAAGAGACCCAGAUUUAUAAGCAAAGGACUUCCAAUUAUGGAGCAUGCUGCAAAGAUCUAUACAAGGGCUAUGUUUGAAAUGUUUGAAGGAAUGAUUUCCCAGUCUGGUUCUUAUGUGGUGCAUGAGAAGGAGAAAGGGAAGGCAUAUUUGGCAAGGAACAUUAGGAGCGACCAGCAGGAGAGCUGGUCUCAAGUGGAAUUUGAGGUUAUCAUUAGAGCUGAAGAUGGUGCAGUUGUUUGUGAGUGCGGAUUUUGGGAGCACAUGGGGAUGCCUUGCUGCCAUGCUGUGAAGGUGAUGAUACACAUGGGAAUGCAGGAGAUACCAGCUGGGAAUAUUGUGAAGCGCUGGACGAUGGAUGCUAGGGAUACUGUGCCUGUUCAUCUGAUUGGGAAUGAUAGGGCUGCAGAAAAUUCAAAGUCGUAUAGAACGUCGGAGUUGUUCAUUGCUGGGAUCAAGUUUGUAAAGUCUGGUUCGAGGAGUGAUCAGGCUUUUGAAGGAGCGAUGGCGGUUUUGGAUCAAAUAAAGCAGGAACUUUCGGAACUCGGUGAAGACGAGGACGUUUCUGAGUUGUCUGAGCAGUCCAGCAUUUCUGCUGCAACUACUGAUGAUGCUACCUCGACACUCAGCGGCUCAGAAACAGAUUGAAACACAGGUGAUCAUGCGCCCAAGAAUGUGGAGCGUCAGACAAAAGGGAGUGUGCACUGGCAAUUCGCAAGGCGCCAACUUGGGCAUUUGGGCUAAAGUGAGUUUGGUUUUGUAUAUAUCGAAACAAGGUAGCAACUUAAAGUGAGUGUGCACUGGCAAUUCGCAAGGCGGCAACUGCUCAUCGACUACUUGCAGGAAGUGUUGUUAGUGGUUGUUCUCAAACUGUGUGUGGUCUAAAGCAUGAGUGGUGUGCUUGUUUGUUAGUGUUACAUUCUGCACUGGAAAUUGCAGCUUGGGUUCUUGGCUGUUAGUUAGAUAACUUAUCUUUUGCUCAGUAUGAAGUCGUGGUCUGGUCAUUAGGAAGGUUUCUUUUGCUCAAGUCUUUAAAUUUGGAAAGUCGUGGUAUGGUCAGUAGGAACUCUUCUUUUGCUCAAGUCUUGUGCGCUUUCAGUGACGCUGAAAUGUGACAGUUCCAAUCAGCAUGCCAUGCCAUGCUAUCUUGUCAUGCUUUCGUUUGGAUAAGGUGCCGUCCACUUCCGAUA